AUGGCUAAGAAGAGUGUGCAUCUUCCGUUGGAACUGAUAACGGAAAUCUUGUUGAGGUUCUCUCAUCCCGAUUUUGGUACUUCACAUUUUCAACUUGCAGCCUCACCGCCUACCAAUAGACUUGUGUUCCUAGACAAUUUUUUUGAUGUUCCUGAAAUCUUAUCUAUAGAUUUUGAUGCAUCACUUAACCAUGAUUCAUCAUAUUCUUCCCUAAGCCUUGAUUUCUACCUAUGGAAUCCAUCCACUGGUGUGAAGAAACACAUACCUGCUUCUCCUAUAACUAUUGCCUCCAAUGAUCAUCUUUUCAUCAUGCAUUUUUAUGGCUUCGGAUACGACCCGUCAACAGAUGAUUACUUAGUAGUUUUUGGGUCCUACGAGUACACCUAUGAUCCGACACAUAGGUCUGUUGACUUAGCGAUUUUCUCAUUGAGAGCUAACAAGUGGAAGCAAAUCGAGUCUGGUUCUCAUUUUCCUUAUAGGAUUAUUCCUAAAGGUGUAGAUGGUCCUAAAGCCGGGUUGCUCUUGAAUGGGGUUAUUCAUUGGUUGGGUUAUAAUUAUGAGACUACAAGGUAUGCUAUUAUUGCCUUUGAUUUAAAGGAUAUGACAAUGUCAGAGAUAGCUCUGCCGGAUGAAUUUAUUUUUCGUGUUAGUAACCCUUCUUUUAUAGAAUUUGAUUUGUGGGUACUUGGAGGACUUAUUAGUACAUGGAAUAUGGAUAUGAAUACAAUUGAGAUAUGGGUCAUGCAAGAAUAUAAAGUGCAUUCAUCUUGGACUAGGACUUUUCAUUUUUCUUCUCAUCCCACUCAAGAUUUUUCGCCAUUAUGUUUUACAAACUGUGGCGAUAUAGUUGGAACAGUUCGUGGUGGUUGUGGUGGAUUAGUCAAGUUUAAUGACAAAGGAAAGCUACUAGAGUGUCACUAUUAUGGUAACUUUUACUUUCAAAGAUCCCAAAUGACGGUAUAUACAGAGUCUCUACUUUCACUCCCUAGUGGUAUUGGGCAAGCUUUAGAUGACUCUUGA